AUGGCUUUGUUUCUUGCUUCGUCCUCACAAAAUUCAGACUUAGAGCCAAAGAAAACGGAUAAAGAUGAACGAAAAGAACAAUUUGAGGAUAUAGAGAAUCCAAGUGCAGAGGAAAUCUUAAAACGAAUCAAAGAAUGUUGUGGAGAAGCAGUGGGGAAAGCGUUUGAAGGUACGAACGUUGCUUUUAUAUUUUCGGCGGGAAACGGCUCAGAAUGCUACAAACCUUCCAUGUUUCUCUCUUUUUUAGUUUUCUUUUACUUUUUGGCGUGCUUUUAUUGAACAACAACAAUCUGUGGUACUUUGCAUUGGCGAAGACUUGAACAAUAUUAAAUCAAUAUUUCCUAGCAAAUGUAAAGUUUACUUGUUUAUUCCAUGGCCGUCCAUUUUGCCUACAUACUGAACUUUUGCUAGAAAAAAAGUUUCAUGAAGUCGAGAGGUUGAGGUUUAAAGCUUACUUCUCUUUUUCUUUGAAUUAAAUGUAAAAUCUAUUUUAUUUUAUAUACCCGUUCCAAGCACUGAAUUGAUUGAGAAUAAAAAAACUGUCUCGCACGAUACAUGUUUUGAAUAUGUAAAACUGGCAGAAGUGCAGGUCAUAGCUUUCUAGGUUUUCAUCUCAGCUAAUAUAUAAGCUUAUGAUAUAUAAUACACUAAAAAUAUGUGUGUAUGUUACUGGUACAUAACAUCCUAAACUGGUCAAAGCCCUGUUUUCUUCCCUUUGGAUUAUUAUUAUUUUUUUAACAUUGAAGGUUAAAGGUUUUUGAUUUGCAUUACUGAUUUUAAAAUUGCAGGACAGUGGCGAUAUUGGUAGCUUUGAAUCAACACUUUCACCAGAUAACUCUGAAAACGAAAAAGGAGACCCGCCACCUUCCCAGGCUAGUACUGCAGAGGGGGGUAGCAGUAUUCAGUUGUCACCAAAACUUUGCAAGAUGAUUGUGAUAUUUAUAUGUGGAAGUGUUUUGGGUGGAGAGGAGAUCUCAAAGCUGCUGAAGAAGAGAUUCUCUGUCACACCUAGAAAUCUCACGCCCCUCACACUAUCUCAACUGUUGGAAGUGGUGUCCAAGAAGCCAGCAAGGCACAAGUAUGUGGAAAUCCCUGAUGAACCUGUUGAUCCUAGGCAGCUGAAGAUGGCUAUGAUAGAAGUGAACAAGGAGACUGAAACAAGUUACCUUUCAUCACUUUAA